UUCCCAAAUAGCAUGAACAAAAAGUUAACAAACUUUUAACUUUAGAGUUGCUAUGUUUUCGUAAAUGACAACAAAAUCGUGCAUGCACGGUUUAACAAAAUAAUAUUAGCGGUUUUCUUACAAGACGUUAGUGUUGUGUUCUGCUUAGUAAAUUGCAACUUGUGAACAUUUGCGUGUCGAGUCGGAUGAAAGUUGGAGUAACGUUUUCAGGAAAAAAAACCCUACAAUGUCACUUGAUAAAAAGCACUCGAUUUAUGAAAACAAGCACAAAGCCGAGUUUAAAAAUAUUAAAAGCAGCACAACUAAUGGAGACGGUAGGCAGAAAUCGAGAGCAGUCUGUCGGGUGUGUGAUCGGAUGUAUCGCGACCCUAAACUUCUGCCCUGCUUGCAUACAUUCUGUGCGGACUGCGUGCGUCAGCUCGAGCCGUUUGCUGUGCGCGGAGUAAACGGCAAUCUCAGCCCUGAAGAUGACACGGCCAGACGGGACUCUGUUACAGUCUUGUGUCCCGAGUGUGAUUCAGAGGUGGACCUGCCUUCAUCGGGGAUAGAAGGACUGACCACUGAUCAUCUGGCGCUGGACGAGGUUUUCGCGGAGACUCUGUUGAUUAAUAACAGCGUUUUGUGCGACUUGUGCAGCGACGGCGACGCGGGGAAGCGUUGUGAGGUUUGUUGCGUCAAUCUCUGCGACUUCUGCAGUCAAGCACACAGGAGACAGAACCGGACCUCUUCUCACUCCAUCCAAAAUCUCCAGGACUUAAAAUCUCAGGGUCGUCUCACUAGGCCUGUCCUAUGUUCACUUCAUCCUGGCCAGGAGUUACGACUCUUCUGCGAGCCCUGCGACCUCACUGUAUGCCUGGAGUGUGCAGCCACCUUUCACCGUGACCAUCACUGCAGCCCCGCCCAUGAGGUCAUCAGUCAUCAUGGAGAUCGCAUCAGGGAUUUGGUUGUCAGGACAUUAAGGCCUCGUCUCUCUCGUUUGGAGGAGACUUUAAGACGUGUUGACGUAUCCCAAGAGGCAUUGCAGGUGAGAACCGACACGUUGGCAGGCGAGAUUCGGGCGUUUGCUCGGAGCUACGCCACCGCGGUGGAGAUGCAUUGCCGCUCUCUGCUGCGUUCACUGGAAGAUCUGAGGUUGCAGCGAAAAAACCAGUUACAUCUGCAGAAAGCUCAGCUGCAGCAGGCCGUGUCUGAUGUCCGAGGUGGCGUGGACUUCGCUGAACGCUUGCUGACGUGCGGUUCAGAUGCAGAAAUUCUCAAUGCCAAGGGGGUUACUAUGAGAAGACUGAUGAAUCUAGUGGAAUCAGGAUUUGACUCACACCCAAUGACAGUCGCCCAUGACAACGCCAGCAGCAUCUGUUUCCUACCACGGGAGAGUGCUGGGGAAGUGGAGGGAUUUCCUGUGGUAGGAGUCAUACAUGCCAAAGUUGUAGAUCCCAGCAAGUGCACUAUCCAGGGAGAAGGCGUAGAGCGAGGUCAUGAAGGUCAGCGAGGGGAGUUCACGCUGGUGUGCAGAGACUCCUCCGGAGAACAGAUGGGCAGGGGAGGUGACCCUGUGUUAGUCAGCAUAGUCCACAAGGAGAGGAAGGGCUGCACCGUGGAGGCGGUUGUAGUUGAUAAUGGUGAUGGCACUUACUGUGUCUCCUACACACCAGUUGAACCAGGUGUCUACUCUGUGUGGGUCUGUGUUAAAGCACAGCACGUCCAGGGUUCACCUUUCGUGCUAAAUGUGAAGAGAAAGUUCAGACGUCACAGUGGCAUAUUCCAUUGUUGCUCUUUCUGCUCAAGUGGGGGCGCCAAAGAGGCACGAUGCGGCUGCACAGGGACCAUGCCAGGAGGGUUUCAGGGUUGUGGACAUGGCCAUAAAGGACACCCUGGUAAGUCCCACUGGUCAUGCUGUGGAAGUGUGGUGGAGGUCUCUGAGUGUAUUUUGCAUAAUCUGGGUGCAGUUUCUCCUCGUGGACACCUUAAGACGGUGGAGCUCUGAAAUAAACAUCUGCACCAGAAAGCUUGACGCACAUACUCUAAUCUUCUUAUAAUACUAAUAUAAAAUUUAUCAUAUAAAUAAAUAACUUGUCAGCCAUAUACAGUACAUUUUGCAUACCGUGGAUAAUAAAAAUACAUUUGUAUUCAUUUUUCGAAUAGUAACUGUUUCAACAGUGCCAAAUGUUUUUAGAAUUAUGGCAGCCUGAUAUUCAGUAAUAAAACUUGAUUGCGGUUUUUAUAUUUACAAUUGUAUAUUGUAUCUUAAUUUGCACAUUUCUGACCAAUGUGACCCACUGUACCCAACCACAAGUCAUUUUUUGUGAUUUUCUACCUAAAAUCAUCAUAAUUUAAAUAUCAUUUUGUGAAAAUAUUACCUUGACAUCUUUAAUAUUGACUGAGUUAGGUCAUGUCAAGGAUUGAAAUCAAACUUUGAUGAUCCUAAUAUCAAUAGAUUAUGAGACUUUAGCCUGCAUUUCACAGACAUGAUCACAUAUUUCAACAAUUCAAUGAACCGCACCUGCCAAACAUAUUAAUGUAACGUUUAAAUGAAAAACAGUGCCUUAAAAACAACAAACCUUUGUGUAUCCGUAUUAUAAAGAUUUCAGAGAACUGGUUUAAGAUCACUUAAAGCAAUGGUUUUAUUUUAAACCUGAUGUUUUAAUAUUUGUAUUUGUAUCAUUGUAUUAUACUUCCUGUUUUCAUGCAUGUUUUCUUUGAAACUACACAGUAUUUGAACAUGUAAUAUGUUAGUAUAGCAACACCAUGGAUCCAACAUUAUAAUGGUAUAUUUGUUAUAUGUGUGGUUAAUUUUGUUCCAGAACUGCUUUUAGUAACAUUUCCAAUUUUAAAUCACAGCUGGUACCUCAGAAUAAACAACAUUUACCUCUCCACUUGCAAGAGUGGCACUUCACAAAUUGUGAGCAUUUUUAUGGCUUAAAUGCUUUGCUUUGUGCAUGCUGUUUAUUGUCAGAUCUAUGAUUCAGAUCUCUUAUUAAAAAAAGCUUACAGUGAAUUGGUGUUGCUUGCGUAUGACGAAAGAGCAUGUUUUUUUUUAACUAUGGGCUUUACCACCACCUAGUGUAUUGUGCUUAUUUAGCAAAAAAAAAAAAGAUCAAUGCCAAGAUUAAAAUCAUAUUCUGGAUUUCUUGGUUUAGCAGCAGAUGGCAGCAUUGGUUUCCAUGUUAAUAAAUGGUAAAGCGAAUCCAUGAAUUCACAAAGUGUCCCUGUUUCCAUCUUAUUUUUUGAUCAGAGGUAAUUGAUGUAAGCGUUGGCGCACUCACUGUAAAGCUGUUUUUAUAGUGAAUUGGGGGUCGGUCCCUUUUUGUUUAUACAACCUGGAUAACAUCUACA